GCGGCGGCGGCGGUGGGGGCGUAUCGAAGAUGGCGGCGGGGGCGCUGCGCCCCGCUCCCGGCUGAGGCGCGGUGCGGUCCCUGCGCCUCAGUGCGGCGGCGGCGAUGUCAGAGCCGGAGCACCUGGGCGGGAAGCGGGCCGAGUCGGCGCGGCUGCGGCGGGCCGAGCAGCUGCGGCGCUGGAAGGGCUCCCUGACCGAGCAGGAGCCCGUGGCGCCGGGGGGCGGCCGGGGCCGACACCGCGGCGAUGGGGGGUCCCGCGUCCGUUUCGAGGAAGGCGCUGUCUUCCUGGCCGCCUGCUCCAGCGGGGACACCGAGGAGGUGAAGCGGCUGCUGGGCCGCGGCGCCCGCAUCAACACCACCAACGUGGACGGGCUGACAGCCCUGCACCAGGCCUGUAUAGAUGAGAACCUGGACAUGGUGAAGUUCCUUGUAGAAAAUGGAGCUGAUGUCAACCAGCAAGACAACGAGGGCUGGACCCCUCUUCAUGCCGUGGCAUCGUGUGGCUAUCUGAACAUAGCAGAGUUCUUAAUUAGUCAUGGAGCCAACGUGGCAGCUGUGAACAGUGAAGGUGAGGUCCCAUCAGACAUCGCAGAGGAAGCAGCCAUGAAGGACCUGCUUCUGGAACAAGUAAAGAAACAAGGUGUAGACCUAGACCUGGCAAGAAAAGAAGAGGAGCAGCAGAUGCUGCAGGAUGCCCGACAGUGGCUGAACAGUGGGAGGAUUGAGGAUCCAAAGCAGCCUCGCACGGGUGCCACGGCUCUUCACGUCGCUGCAGCGAAGGGCUACUCUGAAGUCAUGAGGCUCUUGAUCCAGGCUGGGUUUAAUUUGAAUGUCCAGGACAGUGAUGGCUGGACGCCACUCCAUGCUGCUGCACACUGGGGAGUCAAGGAAGCUUGCUCCAUCCUGGCUGAGGCCCUGUGCGAUAUGGACAUCAGGAACAAGCUGGGCCAGACGCCGUUCGACGUGGCUGAUGAGGGACUGGUGGAGCAUUUAGAAAUGCUGCAGAAGAAACAGACUGUGUUGCGAAGUGAGAAGGAGACGAGGAAUAAACUGAUUGAAGCUGAUAUGAAUGGCAAGCCUCAAAGCAGACUCUUCCCCAACAAGGAGAAGAUUCUGUAUGAGGAAGACACACUGAAGUCCAUGGAGAUGGAGGAAGAGAACAAGGACUCUAGCAGUUCUAGUUCUGAAGAGGAGGAAGAAGCUGAAGAAGAUGAAGUUUCAGAAUCAGAUGCUGAAAAGGAAUCAGAAAGGAAGGAAGAGCCCUUUGCCAACCACUCCAGCCAUGAAACCAGGCCUAGCAUCACUGAGCAAAUACCACCACCUGAGCCCAACUCCUUCACUGCAUCUGCCAGAAGAUUCAGUUGGCUCAGCAAGGCCGAGGAGCAGAAGGACGAGUCGCCUUCGUCGUGGCGGCUGGGGCUGCGGAAGACGGGCAGUCACAACAUGCUGAGCGAAGUCGCUGCUACUCGGGAGGCACAGAGAGAUAAAACUGCUUCUAUCUAUCGCUCUUCCUCGAGCCCUCGCAUCUCUGCACUGUUGGACAGCAAAGAAAAGGAUAAAGACAACAAGAGCUAUUUUGCCACAAUAGCCCCCAGAAGACUAAGCAGUACGAGUGAUAUAGAAGAAAAAGAAAACAGGGAAUCAGCUGUUAACCUGGUGCGGAGCGGCUCCUACACGCGGCAGCCAUGGAGGGAUGAGUCAAAGGGAAAUGAAGCUCCUCAUUCUGGUGCACCUACUACCUACGUGUCUACCUACUUGAAAAGUGCUUCAUUUGGUAGAAGUAGUGACCUCAACAGUCCCUACAUUUCAGCCAGUCGCAAUACAUCUCUAGCUACCUCACCCACUACCACUGGUUCAUCUACCUCACUGGGCACCCCGUGGCAACCUGUCUCUUCCUGCCCCACAUCUCUCAGUGUGAACACUACUGCAUCAGCCUGCCAGUAUACCAGAGCCCCUUUCAGGCAACAAACUGAUUCUGCUGCAGAGAAAAAUACAGAGGGCAUCUCUGCUAGCACCCCCCUAGGUGUAAUCACAAACCGCGCUGUACUGGGCUCUGCUAACAGCAUUGCGAAUGCCGGCGCUGCCUCACCCGCAGGGAAGGACUUCUCAGCUGAGGAAGCCAGGGAGCGCCGAAGGUCAUAUCUGACUCCAGUGCGGGAUGAGGAAGCGGAAUCCUUGAGGAAGGCACGAUCCAGGCAGGCCCGGCAGACCCGCAGGUCCACACAGGGUGUGACCCUGACGGACCUUCAGGAGGCUGAAAGAACCUUCAGCCGGUCCCGGGCAGAGCGGCAAGCACAGGAGCAGCAGAGUGGGACAGCCGAGAGCACCGAGCCUGCUGAGGACAGCAGCGAGAGGCAGGAGACCCGCUCGCGGUGGAGCAGGAAUACAGAUGAGGAGACUGUCUAUCGGCGAUUAAGGUGCCCAGUACAACCAGACAAACCUACGACACCUCUGUCUCCUUCAACAUCAGCACCUCUCCUUUUUACAAGUUCAUACCUGACUCGAACAAAUAAGUAUCUAGGUCUUGACCCUGCAAACCCAGCAGACUUCAGAGGUGCAGCCACAGAGAUGGAGAAGAAUGAGUGUGAAGAUCAGGAUUUGGACGACAGAUCUCUGAACAAACAGUCGAUCCGGGAGAGGCGGCGGCCAAAAGAGAGGCGAAGAGGCACCGGCAUCAUUUUCUCAACAAAAGACGAUGGUGAUGAAGUUGAUGGAAAUGAGGAAGUGAAGGAAACUCGGCAUGAAAGACUUUCCAGGUUGGAAGCAGCUACGAACCCUACCAGCAGCGAGUCCUACAGCGACCGUGCCUCCAGCCGCUCCAGCGCCUACAGCCGGAGGGAGAACCGGUUGGCUGCCCUCAGCAGCAGAGCAGAAGAGGAGAGUAACAGGGACUACAAAAGAUUAUAUGAGAGCGCCCUGUCCGAAAAUCAAAAGCUGAAGUCAAAACUACAAGAAGCCCAGCUUGAGUUGGCCGACAUCAAAUCCAAGUUGGAGAAAGCAACCCAGCAGAAACAGGAGAAAACUUCGGACCGGUCCAGCAUGCUGGAGAUGGAGAAAAGGGAGAAGCGAGCCCUGGAGCGGAAACUCUCAGAAAUGGAAGAGGAGAUGAAGAAUCUCCACCAGCUCAAACAGAUUCACACUCUGAGGCAGAUGAAUGAGCAACUGCUGGCUGAAAACAGGGCUCUGACCCGGGUCGUAGCCAGGCUUUCUCUGCCUGCCAAGCCCUCCGAAUCAGAGGAGCUGUAGCUGCUUUCCCUCCGGCUCAUCUCGCCUCCCUCUUCCACUCUUCCAGAUUUUGACAGAGCUGAAGUCAGACAACCAAAGGCUGAAGGACGAGAACGGAGCCCUCAUUCGUGUCAUCAGCAAGCUCUCCAAAUAGGAAUCCUGAGCACAGGCAGGACGAAGAGGGGAGCCCUCACGAGCUGCCAACCCCACCACCGAGCCCUACCCCCCUUUUUCCUCCUCUCACGUACAGCGUUUCAGCCUGGGAUCAACCAGUCACCCCUGCCAUGCCCUGCCCUGCCCUGUGCUGUACAUCCCUUUCCUGCCCCGAUUCCCAUCACAGCACCCCUCUGCCAUUGGAUUGUUUUUAAUUUAAGCAUGUUGUGGUGUCUCGGACAUUUUAUUCAAGGGAGAAGAGAAACGUGAGGAUUGGGUUUGAGCUGCUGAAACUUCUUCUUCCAAAGCCCAGUGUUUGGUGUUGGACUCCAGGCUGGAAAUAGGCAGCUCCUGCUUUACAAAAGUGAUGCCUGAAGAGCUGGUCCAGCACAUGCAAGCCCUUUACAGGUGGGAAAUGUGACCGUGGGCUGGGACUCUUGAGGAUGCACAUCACCCCACCUGAGAUGUGAGCCUCUGGUUGGAAUGUGAUGCUGUGAAAGCCACCAGAGCUGAUUUCUGACACAGGCCGACCACAGCUGCUUUGCACAGAGACUUCCUUCUCCUUUCACCCCAGGAGACCGAGUCUUUUAUUUAAUACAAGGUUUGGAGC